UUGAGUGAGUGUGUGGUUUCACUCUAUUCGGGCCUGACGAGGGCUCAGGGAGGAGGAGGAGGAAGACGAGCACGAGCGCGCGUGUUUUUAGCGCGGGACAAAGAGAUCCUAGGCCCGCAAUUCGGGGGGCCCCGGAUCCAUCGGCCGGGCUGCAGUUGCCCCCGCAGCCUCGCCUCGGGACGAGCGGGAGGGAGGACUGCGAUCGUGGCAACGCGCGCCCCUCCACGGGGUCGUGCCCUUGGAAGCGAAAGCCACCAGUCAUACAUUCGCCAUGAGAAACCUAAAGUUACUGCGGACCCUGGAAUUCAGGGAUAUUCAAACUCUCGGGAGACCUCAGUGCUUCUCUCUCCGGACUGACCAAGGAACGCUGCUUAUCGCUUCUGGCUAUGUGCUCCUGGAAGUGGAUCCUAUGACAAAAGAGGUGUUGUGUGACAUUUCCCUGACUACGGAGGGCUUUCUGCCAGAAGACGGAAGUGGCCGCAUUGUUGGCAUACAGGACCUGCUGGAUCAAGAAUCUGUGUGUAUGGCCACAGCCACCGGUGAUGUUCUCCUCUGUAAUCUCAAUACGAGCCAGCUGGAGUGUGUUGGGACUAUAGACAGUGGUCUGUCAGUCAUGCGCUGGAGUCCUGAACAAGAGCUGGUUCUUUUUGCUACAGGCCAGCAGACCCUGAUCAUGAUGACGAAGGACUUUGAACCGAUUAUGGAAAGGCAGAUUCACCAGGAGGACUUUGGAGAAAGCAAUUUUAUCACCGUUGGAUGGGGUAAAAAGGAGACACAGUUCCAUGGAUCAGAAGGCAAAGAGGCAGCCCAGCGCAAGCAAAUGGAUGUUCAGCCUGCUCUGCCCUGGGAUGAUCUCAGACCCCAAGUGACCUGGCGGGGGGAUGGACAGUUUUUUGCUGUGGGUUCUGUUUGCCCAGAAACAGGGGCUCGGAAGGUCAGAGUGUGGAACAGAGAGCUUGUUUUGCAGUCAACAAGUGAGCCUGUUGCCGGAUUAGAACAAGCACUAGCAUGGAAGCCUUCUGGCAAUUUGAUCGCAUCCACCCAGAGUAAACCCAAUAAGCACGACGUUGUGUUUUUCGAGAAAAACGGACUCCUUCAUGGAGAAUUCACACUGCCUUUUGGCAAAGAUCAGGUCAAGGUAAAUGAACUGCUGUGGAACUGUGACUCUACCGUGCUUGCCAUCUGGAUAGAAGAUCUUAACAAUGAAGAGAACUUGAAAGCAAACACCUAUGUUCAGUUGUGGACGGUCGGAAAUUAUCAUUGGUAUCUCAAGCAAAGCCUGCACUUUGGAAGCUGUGAAAAGAACCGGAUCGUGUUUGCGACCUGGGAUCCGGUGACCCCGUAUAGACUGCACAUUCUCUGUCAGGGGUGGCAUUACCUCUGCUAUGACUGGCACUGGACUACUGAUGGAAGCAAGGGCGAAAAUGCCUCUGACUUGGCUAGUGUGGCUGUCAUUGAUGGAGACAAAGUAUUGGUGACAGCAUUUCAACAUGCUGUGGUGCCUCCUCCUCUCUGCACCUACCAACUCCAGCUUCCACAGGCAGUGAACCAAGUUGUGUUCUACACAAAUCCCAACAAGAACAGUGACCUUGCUGUUCUUGAUGCUAACAACAGGAUUUCUGUUUAUAGAUCAGGGGACGGCUCAGCUGUGGAUCCUACAGUGAAAAUAGGAGCCGUGGGUGGAAAUGAAUUUAAGGUUUCCAUUCCAACACCUCGCCUGGAAAAAAGAUACAAAAUUGAGUUUGAGAGCCGAGAAGACAAGGAGGUGAACCCCUUGAAUCUGUGUCUUCUCACCUGGAUCCAAGACUGCACUUUCUUGGCCAUCAGUCACGGGCAGAACCCCUUACAGUCCCUGAUUCACCACCUGACUCUGGCCCCUUCUGAGCCAGGGGACAGGGACGAAGAAGGACGUGUGAAUAUCAGUUCAUCUGUUAUCGUCGAAGGGGUCAUAAUCAGUCUGUGCUACCAUCAGAAAACCAAGGCAGUAGCCCUACAAUUAGCCGAUGGACAGAUUCUCAAGUACCUCUGGGAGUCUCCAAUCCCAGCUUUCGAGCCGUGGAAGAACCGCAGCGGCUUUGCUGUCCAGUUUCCCUAUCCCUGCAUCCAGACCGCGGUGGCCAUGAUAGGUGGAGAAGAGUGCAUCCUAGGUCUGUCGGACAAGUGCCGUUUUUUCAUUAACGAUAUUGAGGUUGCAUCGAAUAUUACAUCAUUUGCAAUAUAUGAUGAGUUUUUACUGCUGACAACCCAUUCCCACACCUGCCAGUGCCUGUCAUUGAAAGAUACUUCAUUUAAAGUCUUCCAAGCAGGUUUGAGCAACACUAACGCCACAAAUGAGGAAACCCUAAGGAAAGUGGAAAGGGGCUCUCGCAUAGUCACCGUUGUACCCCAAGAUACAAAACUCAUAUUACAGAUGCCAAGGGGAAACUUAGAAGUCGUUCAUCAUCGAGCCCUUGUUUUAGCUCAGAUUCGGAAGUGGCUAGACCGGCUUAUGUUUAAAGAGGCAUUUGAAUGUAUGAGGAAGCUGAGAAUUAAUCUCAAUCUGAUUCAUGACCAUAACCCAAAGGUGUUUCUUGAAAAUGUGGAAACCUUUGUAAAGCAGAUUGAUUCCGUAAACCACAUCAAUUUGUUUUUCACAGAAUUGAAGGAAGAAGACAUCACAAAGACUCUGUACCCUCCUCCGGUUACCAGUAAUGUCCAGCUAUCCAGGGGUCCCGAUGGUAGAAAGGUGGACCUUGUUUGUGAUGCCAUGAGAACAGCCAUGGAGAACAUAAAUCCUCACAAGUACUGCUUAUCAAUAUUGACCUCCCACGUGAAGAAGACAACACCAGAAUUGGAAAUCGCACUGCAGAAGGUCCAUGAGCUUCGAGAAAAUACUCAUUCUGCCCCGGAUGCUGUCAGUGCUGAGGAAGCACUAAAAUAUUUACUUUUUUUGGUGGAUGUCAAUGAGCUUUACAAUCAUUCCCUGGGGACGUACGACUUUGAUUUGGUCCUCAUGGUUGCGGAGAAAUCCCAAAAGGACCCCAAAGAGUAUCUCCCAUUUUUAAAUACACUUAAGAAAAUGGAGAUUAACUAUCAACGUUACACUAUAGAUAAGUACUUGAAAAGAUAUGAGAAAGCUGUUGGCCACCUAAGCAAAUGUGGGCCAGAGUAUUUCUCAGAAUUUUUAAACUUGGUAAAGGACAAAAACUUAUAUAAUGAAGCUCUGAAGUUGUAUCCGUCUAGUUCUCAGGAGUACAAGGAUAUCAGUGGUGUUUAUGGAGAACAGUUGAAGCAGAAAAAUCUCUUUGAACAAGCAGGGCUGGUUUUUGCCCGCUGUGGUGCAUAUGAGAAGGCUCUGGAGGCUUUUUUGACAAGUGGCAGCUGGCAGCAAGCCUUCUGUAUGGCUGCCCAGCUUAGUUACACAAGAGACCAGCUGGCUGGCCUGGGCAGGACUUUGACAGGCAAGCUAGUUGAGCAGAGGAAAUACAGCGAAGCCGCUGUAAUUUUGGAACAGUAUGCCCAGGACUAUGAAGAGGCCAUCCUUUUGCUGUUAGAAGGAACUUCCUGGGAAGAAGCCCUCAGACUGAUUUACAAAUACAACAGACUUGACAUUUUAGAGACCAACCUAAAACCUUCCAUCUUAGAAGCCCAAAGAAAUCAUCUACUGUUUAUGGAUUCUCAAAAAACCGUAUUCACUCGCCAUAAGAAGCGCUUGCUGGUGGUCCGAGAACUGAAAGAACAAGCACAACAGGGGCUGCUAGAUGAAGAGGUGCCAAAUGGCCAAGAGUCAGAUCUCUUCUCUGAAACCAGCAGUGUCAUGAGCGGCAGUGAUAUGAGUGGCAAAUAUUCACACAGUAACUCCAGGAUAUCUGCGAGAUCGGUCAAGAAUCGCCGCAAAGCAGAACGCAAGAAGCACAGUCUGAAAGAGGGGAGUCCACUGGAGGAUCUCGCCCUUCUGGAGGCCCUGAGGGAGGUUGUGCGGAGCAUUGAAAAAUUGAAAGAUGAGGUGUACCACCUUUUAAAGGUCCUCAUUCUCUUUGAGUAUGACACGCAGGCCAGGGAGCUACAGCAGACCUUCGAAGACACUCUGCUGUUGAUGGAAAGAUCCCUCCCAGAAAUCUGGACCCUAGCCCAGCAGCCCAGUACAGCCAUGCCUGUCUUGGGUCCUAAUUCCACUGCGAACAGCAUCAUGGCUUCCUAUCGGCAGCAGAAGGCCUCAGCUCCUGCACUCCAAGAUGCUGAACUUUUUAUACCUCCAAAGCUCAACAAAAGCACCCAGUGGAAACUGAGUCUUUUAGAGUAAAUCUGAUAUUAAUUAUGUAGUGGGGCUCUGAUGGGAGGUAGCAUUUCGCUCAUUACCACUUAUUCCCAUCCCCUACUUCUUCCUGAGGCCCUAGGAGCCAAUAAACAGGGAGGAAGGGAAGAAGACCGUCUCCUCCGAAAGUCACGCAUUCUGCUCUGCAGAAUAGGUGUCUGCCCAACCCAUUCUAUGCUAUUUUUUCUUUGUGCUCCUCUCCUCCUGGGUCAUUUGCUGCACUUGUAGUACUUAAAAACCAACUUCAACCUGGGCAGUGGAGCACUGGGCUAGGAAGUAUUAAUACUUUAUUUUGUGCUUUUAGAGUAGUGUAUUCUAGGGGAUAGAGCAUGGGAAUCAAAAGACCGGGUUCAUGUUCUAGUUGCAGCAGACUGUCUCUGUGACCUUGGGGCAAGUCACAUAACUCUUUGGGGCCUCAGUUUUCCCACCUGUGAAAUGGGGCUAAUAAUACCCGCCAGCUCUCAGGGGUGUUGUGAGGACAAAUGAGUCAACGUCCUUAACGUGUCCUUGGAGAGCAGUACCUAAGUACCCAUGUGGUAUUAUUAUAUCAGUACUUACUACUUUGUCAAAAUGAAUAAUUUAAUUGUCAACUUCCCUCUGAAUUAAAGCAUAGUAAUAAUAAAACGGUUUAAAGUUUC